UAUAUAUCAGUUUUCUUUUUUCUAAAUGAAAUCUUUGUUAAAUUUGAUUAUAAAUGUCCCUACAGAACAUUAGAAAAAGGUACUUUGAUAUUAAAACAUAAUGAUGGUCAAAUGUUUUUAGAUAUGAAAAUAGAAAAUAAAAUAUCCGAAUAUGAUUGUAUGGUAUUGGAUGGAGGAUAUUAUUAUUAUGUAGAAAAUUUCAUAAAUAAUUGUCAAAAAUAUGGUAACGAUAGUAUUGGUAAAGAUAACUUUAUGUAUCCUAUAAGAAAAGAAAAAAAUACAGAGUUAAAUGAGAAAGAGAAAAGUUAUAAUGAGGUCUUAGGUAGUUUUAGAAGCAGCAUUGAAAACAAUUUUGGAAAAUUUGGUAAUAAAUUUUUAAGAUUUAAUAAUAACGAGAGAGCAACAAAAAUAACAGAUAUAAGAGUAUACAACUUACAAAUAAAACUAAGCUUAUUAUUAAUGAACAUUCAAACUUUUUGUUUACUACAUAACAUAAACACACAAUCAAUUCAUAUUUUAUGGACAAAUCUCAAUUUCGAUUUUCCUGAUCCUAAUAGAAAGAAACAAAUAGAUACAGUUUAUGACAUUGACUUU